AUGGAAAAGAAAUUAUGUAAGGUUGAUUUCAGACACAAUAAGAAAUUAACUAAGCUAGGAAUUGACCUAAACAAAAAAGUGGACAAGAAUAAGGUUAUUUUCAACUUUUCUGAUCGGAUAUUAUCAGAUGAACAAAAAGAAGUCCUUUCUUUAGGUUUCGAUUAUUGUAUACCACCCAGUACCAUUCCCCAUAACCAGUUCUUUCUUUGUUUUGAAAAACUAUGUCACACCAUCAAAAACUGUGAGAUUUACAAAGAUAGAUGGAAUCAUAUCACCAACAGCAUUUCUACUGUGGCACACGAUACUUACAAGAAAUUCAAAUGUCAUGUCAAGAGUAUUCAUACUCCAUAUCCCUCCCUUACACCCCUAAUAGCUCUAAGAGAUGAUAACAAUAUUGUUAUCACAAAGCCAGAUAAGGGACGUGGAGUUGUUAUCCUAAACAGAGAUGACUAUUUUAGUAAACUAAACACGAUACUUAGUGAUUCCUCCAAAUUUAAACCAAUCAUGUCUGACACUGCCACUCAUCUACUGAAAUUAGAAGAUAAACUAAACAGACUCUUACGCUCGAUAAGAACAUCUAUCGGAGAAAUGACUUAUAAUCUCCUGACUAUAUCUGGCUCAAAACCUGGUCGCUUAUAUGGCCUUCCUAAAAUUCAUAAAAUUGGUCAGCCUUUACGCCCCAUCAUCUCUGCCAUUGGUACUUUCAAUUACAAUCUUGCAAAAUUCUUAGUUCAAUUGAUAACCCCUCUAACCACCAAUGAAUAUACCAUAGAAAACUCCUUCUCUUUCAUCAAAGAAAUUAGUGACCUUAAACCACUACGGCCUGUCACAAUGGCCAGUUUUGACAUAGAGUCGUUAUUCACUAAUGUUCCCCUCAAUGAAACCACUGACAUAAUUUUAAACAAAACAACCUCCUCACUCUUAAACUCGUAUGGCCUGAACAAGACGACAUACAGGAAAUUAUUGGACAUAGCCGCACACAACUCAGUGUUUACCUUCAAUGGCUCUAUUUACACACAGGUAGACGGUGUAGCAAUGGGAUCACCACUUGGCCCUUGUUAUGCCAAUACUUUCCUUUGCCAUCAUGAACAAACAUGGAUGAAUGACUGCCCUGCUAAUUUCAAACCUAUUUUAUAUCGCCGUUAUAUGGAUGAUACUUUUUUACUCUUUAACGACCCCUCUCACAUUAAUCCUUUCCUCAUACUUGAACUCACAACACCCCAAUAUAAAAUUCACUUGUGA